CUCGUAUGCAACGGUUUCUCAUAAUGGCUGGCUACGGCUACAUUUGAACGCGUUGAAAGGAAAAAGAAACAGCAAAUUUCAAAAUGGCGCCACGUAGAAAAAGUAUCGGAACGAUUCGUGGUUGUUUUAGCAAUACUUUGGAUAAAGAAAAUAAUUAUCUACGUUCUUUAAGUGAUUAUCAAGCAAGAGUUAGAAGACGAGACAGCAUCCGAAACUUUAAAAACAUAGCGGAACAUGAUUUGGAAAGAAAGAUCGAUUUGGAAGUGAAAAUAAAGGAAGGUUCGUCAAGAUUGUUAGCUGCUGCGCGGCAUCCUACACAAAGUUUAGAAGCUGCACGGGCUCUACUCAUAUCAAGCAAACGAAUGUCCGUAUAUACAAAUGAAUUACAACACCGUGACAUGGAUGCUACAUUGAACACAAGCAUUGCCAAAACUAAAGGAAAAUUAUCCAUAUCGGAUCUCAGAUUCCCCUUGAUGUGGAGAGAUUCGGAUCAUUUUAAAAAUCGUGGAGAUCAUAGGAGAUUUGCAGUUUUCUGUUUAGCUCGUAUUGGUACUGAAAUUCAUGAUACAACCUUACUUUAUCCUAUCGAUAGAGAACAGACAGACAUUAGCUUUCCUGAUGUUUUAUUAUUUAACAGUGUACCAGCAGAGUUCGAGUUAACGCUAGAGGUCUAUAGUCACAUUUUACAAGAAGAUCUUAGCAUUGCUAGUACUCCUAGAAGAAUCCGGAGAACUAUUCAUUCGUCGAUUUCAAAAACUGUGGGUAGAAAGUUGGCGUCAUCUCUACGCGACGAAUACAAUGUUACCAAAAUGGGACCACAAUUUCAUUUAGUGGCUUUUGCGAAAAUGACUCUUAACGACACAGAUGAGAAUAUAUGUACCCACGACUUGACCUUGAACAAUUUUAAUACAGAAACCAAAGCCCAUGCUUUGCCACUUUUUGGACACUUCUGUUGCCGUUUAGCUGUACAACCAGAUUGUAUUGAUAAAGAAUUAGUCGUAGGAUCUGUAAUUAUAAACGAUCAACAUUGCUGGGCACGAUUAUAUGCUUUUGAAUUAGAAGCCUGGAAAACGAAAAAACUUGCAGAAGAAUCACAAAAACCUACGUUCACGAUUUGCGUGAACAAGGAUACCCUCGUCAGACAAUCGAAAUCAGUAAACUGUCAAUUACGGAUUAUCAAUUGCGUGGACGGUGUCAAGAAACGCGAUAUUAUUCAAUUUUCUUUAAACGAUGAUGUUCAAAAGUGUUUUGAACAGUUAAUACAUCGUAUCGAUGAACAUUCAAAAUGGAAACAUGCGGCAAUUAAUAUUCAGCGAAUUCCGUGUUCGGAGAAUUCAUGCUCGAAUGUAAACGCGAGAAAUCUAUUUGUAACCAACAGGCGACAAGGAUCGUUAUACGACGAAAUUCCGUUAAUGGAACCCGUUCACUCGCAAUCUGUUACGAGAUUAUCUGCUUCAAAAAGAAUAGUAAAAUUCAAACAUCAUAAUUUUGCAGAUAUUAGUUCGGCAACCCUAGGCCUGGACUGUCAGACUUCGAUCACUGCGCACAAUUCACAUAGGAGAUUUUUCAAUACAAUUCAUUAUAGAUGAAUUUCCAUAUAAGAACGGUAAAAUAUUGGUAAUACAAAAUGUUUCUAUAUUACGCAUUCUUACAAACAUGAACUGUAGUUUGUAUAGGGUGUCACAUAAUUAUAUGUCAAGGUUCUCUUGAAAAAUUAAAGUUUUAAUAAUUAACAAAAUCACAUUUUUCAUACUUUGAAGGAAAAUAUUCUGAAAAUUGAGAAAACUUUUUUCUAAAUAAUUGAUUGUAUAUUUUUAAAUUCCGUCUUAACCGAAAUUUCACGUUCACCUUAAUUUCUUCGCCUUCUGCUUUACCAAACAUGCAUUUAUCCUUACUUCUGCACGAGGACUACCAGCUAUUAAACAUGCCCGUAGUCUUAUUUUUAAAUUGUUCCCUACAUUAAGCCAGAAAUCCAUGAUACAAUCUCAUUCUUUGGUAUGCAUCUUAAAUUGUCUGUUUUAAUACGCUAUUUGGAUUCUCGGGUUCAACUGACUUCGAAAUGUAGGCAAGGUCAGGUCGGCGAUGUGCAGACCGCGUUACAAAUUCGAUCGUAAAGAUCAAUAUUUUCCUUUAAAGUUUGAAGAUGUCAAUAUCUUAAUUAAUAAAAGUUUAAUCGAACUUUUUAAGAGAACGAUUGAUUUGCGACAUACGGUUCCUUUGAAACUUCUAUUCUUUAUAGUUAGUACGAUGCAAUCCUGAAAAUGUUCUGUCAAGGACGAUUUUGCGGGCGGAAUUUUUCGUACAUGUCGUGGUUGUAUCAUAUAAUUUUGUGACACCCUGUACAUUUAUUGUACGUACUACAAAGGAUAUUAUUUAUGUAUUUCUUUUAGUGUAAUAAAUACGAAAUAACUUUUACUAUAAAA